AUGUCCUCCUUCACCCUGGCCCUGGUAAUCUCCUAUGAUUCGCCAGGUGCCUGGGUGUGUUUGGCGAUGCGAUCAACCAUUUCGCCCGCUGCGCUGAUGGGCAAGCCUAAGGGCAAAGCCAACACUGCAGUACUGAGCGGUAACAUGAUUGACAACCAGGCCGAUCCCACUCCGUACACCACUGUGGACAGCCCGGAUCUCAGUCUUCUACAGCGUCUGGCGCAUCCUACACUACCCCCCCAUGCGGGCUAUCACAACCUCGACAAAGUCCAUGACGUUGUUGGGGAGAUUCCAAACCAGCCGGCGCAACUCAUGCACGCUCUGCACGCUCUGCACACUGGGCUUGACGGUGCCGAGGAGGAGAUUAAGCGCCUCAAUGCGCGCAUCGAGCGCUUUACUGCCGCCACUGCCGAGGCUGCUGAAGCUAUGACUGCUAUGGUGGAAGAUGAGUCGGACUCCGACGAGGAGUUGCUGGCUUUCCUGAAUUUCUAA